AUGAGGUGGCCCCCAGCCAUGGCCCUGCUCCUGCUGCUGCUGCUACGGUUUGGGACUCCGAGGGCCAAGGCAUUGAGUGUCUGCGGGCGCCCAAGAAUGUUGAACCGGAUGGUGGGUGGGCAGGAUGCCUUGGAAGGCGAGUGGCCAUGGCAGGUCAGCAUCCAGCGAAAUGGAAGCCACUUCUGCGGGGGCAGUCUCAUCACAGAGCGGUGGGUCCUCACCGCGGCCCACUGCUUCUCCAACACCUCUGAAACAUCCCUGUACCGGGUCCUACUGGGGGCACGGCAGUUGGUGAAGCCAGGGCCACAUGCCAUGUAUGCACAGGUGAAGCGGGUGGAGAGCAACCCCCUGUACCAGGGCAUGGCCUCCAGUGCCGAUGUGGCCCUGGUGGAGUUGGAGGCACCUGUGACCUUCACCAAUUAUAUCCUCCCCGUGUGCGUGCCUGACCCUUCAGUCACCUUUGAGACGGGCAUGAAAUGCUGGGUCACCGGCUGGGGAAGCCCCAGUGAACAAGACCGUCUGCCUAACCCUCGAAUCCUGCAGAAACUCGCUGUGCCCAUCAUUGACACGCCCAAGUGCAACCUACUCUACAGCAAAGAUGCUGAGUCCAGCUUUCAGCCCAAAACCAUCAAGGAUGACAUGCUGUGUGCUGGCUUUGCUGAAGGCAAGAAGGACGCCUGCAAGGGUGACUCGGGGGGCCCUCUGGUGUGCUUCGUGGGCCAGUCGUGGCUGCAGGCUGGGGUGAUCAGCUGGGGUGAGGGUUGUGCCCGCCGGAACCGCCCAGGUGUUUACAUCCGGGUUACCUCCCACCAUAACUGGAUCCAUCAGAUCAUCCCAGAACUGCAGUUCCAGCAGGCCAGGUCAGGUGGCCAGAAGCGGGGCCACCAGGUCCAGCAACCCCACGAUCAGAACUUUGCGCCCUGCCUGGCAGCCCACAUCGUCCUCCUGGUCCUUGCGGCCCUGCUCUCCUGCUUCUGA